AUGACUGGACAACGCGUGGCAAAGCGCAAAACUCAUACCAAGUCGCGGAAGGGCUGCUUGCAGUGCAAACAGCGGCAUACCAAAUGCAAUGAAGCGCGACCACGCUGUGCCAACUGCGUCCGUCUGGAUAUAAGCUGUACCUUCCCGGCACUCGGUAGCCUCUCGACGUCUCCACACCCGGUUGCUGCCAUUAGGACCACUCCAAGCGUCGAUCAUUCGUCAAACAGCAGCCCCGGCGUGGCGUACGGUUGUUUUGACCCCAAUCUAGCUGACCUCCAGCUUCUCCAUCAUUGGAUCUUCAGUUGUGCCGACUCUUUACAUCCCAACAAAGGCCACAACGAUGAACUCAUAAGAAAGGAGUACAUCGAGCUCGGCUUCGAGUUUCCAUGGCUGCUCCAUGGCAUCCUUGCCUUGUCCGCUAUCCACAAGGCUUCCGUUCUUCUACCAGCAGAUCGACAAAGCCUGCUACUCCAAGCUGAUUCACACAUCAGCCAGUCUCUUGCAACCUAUCGGGUCCACCUCGAGUCACCCAACCUUCAAUGCGCGGUGCCCAUGUUUGUUCUAUCCUCAAUGCUGCUCACGUACAACUUUGGUUCCGCGCAACUCGAGCGACCGGAAGAUCCCAUUAGCGCACUCCACCAUUGCUUCAUGUUACUUCAAGGCAUCAAGGUGGUCGUCAUUCCGCACUGGGAGCAAAUCAAGCACAAUUCCAUCAUCGCCCGCAUGACAAACAUGGCAUCGCCGGAGACUCUGGACGCCUUGGACACGCUCGCAAGAGAAGACAAUUCGCAUGAGAUCCUCCGUCUCAAAGACCUCACAGAACUCCUACUCGCUAGCUCUGACAAGGAAGCAUGCGCUCUUGCAAUCGAGGAACUCCACGAAACGAGCCUCCGAUUCCGACACAUCUCUCCAGAGGACGAUGAAUACACGCUUCUCUUUCUCUGGCCUGCACGCGUCAAUUCACGCUUCUUUGAACUUUUUGCAGCACACAAUCCUGUCGCUUGCAUCAUCACGACACACUUUGCCGCACUGUUGGCGCAAUGCAGACCCAUCUGGUGGGUUGUCAAAUGGCCGCAGUGGCUGCUUACGGCGGCGGAGAACAUGCUGGCAGCGACGCCAGAUCUCCUCAAGUGGCUGGCUUGGCCGCAGCAGAUUAUCCACCCUCAUGCGAGUCCAAUGAUCACCCCAGGCUCGUCGCAUUGA